GGGAACUACUCCGAGGAGGCAGCUGCUGUCUCUAGACGCUCGUGAUCGUGUACCACUGGGCUUUCUUAUCAAAUAUUUCUAUUAGAAUAUUCGUUAUUACUUAUUCCGUAUUCGUAAACUUCUGUAUUCUUGGACAAAUCUAUUUUAUUUGUUUAGUUGAUUUGAUUUUUAAUUUGUCUUCAGAUAAUAUUUUGGUGUAAUUAAAAACCACGUAUAAUGAAUGCCGAACGCUAUAGUGAUACUUAUUUCCCUAGGAGAACAUCACGAAGAAAUGAAGAAUCGAAUGAUGGUACGUAACGAAUAUAUAAUUAAAAAUUAUAUUGUUGAAUUAGAAUUUAAGACUAACAAAAUCAAUUAAAAAUCAUAUUAUAAUGUGUUCAUAAUCUUUAUAUUAAAAAAAAAAGUUUACUUUUAAAUAUCACAUUAGUCUUAAUGCUACAUUUUACUUUAUAAUGAAUCUAUACCAUCUCUAGGUCUAUACUCUAUUAGGUACUCAACUGAAUAAUAAAAACCAAAAUGCAUAAUCCAAUAUCAUGUAUGUGGGAGUUGGUUUUUCUCAAACAUUGUGAUUGAUUUGGAUUGGUUUAUAAUUUUUAUUAAUGAAACUAUUUACUGUACGUUGCAGCACAAACAUAUUUAUCGGUCGAUCAAAAAACUGAUUGUGGUUCUGUGUCCAUGAUGGAAGACAAACAGUACUGGUGUGAACAAUGGGUAAUUGCUCACCGUGAAGGCAAUGUUCCUGAGGAAAAGAAAUAUGUUGCCAAAAAAAAAUGUAAGUAUAAAUAAGUGUUAAAUGUAAAUUUCUCUUUUUUUUGUGUAAUUUUUUCUAUACUAUAGGUACCUACAACAUAAUUAUAUAUGUUACAAAUUAAAAUUAUCAACAGUGAUGUGGCAUAUUGUGUAUAUAAAAAAAUGUUCUAUACUUGUUUUUUAUGUAGUUUUCCUUUAUAGGUUCUAUUUGGAUUAAUUUAAUUGACUAAACAGAUGUGCUUGAAAAGUUUCAUUAAUAAAUUUACCUAGUAAGUAGUACCUAGUAGUAGUAAAAAAAAAGUUGAUUGUAAUAUAAUAUUUUUUUCCAUAAUUUGUUUUACAAUCAAAUAUUGAUGUAGUUUAUAAAUAUUAUGGUAUUUCAAAUUGUGAAUAAUUUAACUUUGCUCAGAAUAAUUUUUAGUUAGCAAUAGUUUGUCUUUGUAAAAAAAAAAAAACAGAUAUAAAUUAAAUAACUUAAUGUAUCCUAUCUUCCUAAUUUCCCACUAACAACAGUGAUGUACAUCAACAAUAUCAGUUUUUUUUUUUAUAAAAUGUACCUAACUAUUGUAUUGCUAUUGUUUUAGAUUCUGAGUGGAGCAAAGUUUUGCAUUGAUUUGACAAUGAUGUUUAUUUUUUUUCCUAUGGACAACUUUUCUACCGGCAUUUUUGAUCUGAUUUACAAUGACAACUCUUUUCUGAAAGGAAAUCUGGCCGGGGUGAUAUUUUAAGGAGGCAAUUUUUUGAUUUUCCCAAUGGGAAAAUAGGUACAAUAUUAAACAAAUACUAUUAAAGUAAAUGUUUAAUGCAUAUUAUGUAAUUAUUUUAUCAAAAUAUGACAUAUAUAUUGUUGGCAAAGAAAUAUUAUCAGCCGAACUCUGCUCAGAAUCGUUUUUUCAUUAGCAAUAAUUAAUUGUUGUUUAUAGAUACACAUUAAAUUCUCGCCUAAAAUUUUUACCUACAACAGUGGCUGCACUCAUCCCCACUAUCCUAAGACAGCUUUUUUAAUUCUUUAUUAAUAUUAAAGUGUUUAGUGUUUACUUAAAUUUCAGUUCAACUAAAAAAAAUAAAAAUAAAAUAUCAUUGUAAAUUAUCAGCUACAAAUCAAUGUUUAAAUAUAAAUAAUUACUAGCUGUUUCGCCUAGCACUGUCUGUGCCAAAUAAAAACGUUUUCCCCAUGGAUUUCCUUAAAUUUUCUUUUCAAACUUAUAUGAAUCAGUUAAGCUAUGCAAAAUAAUUAAAAAUAAUUAUUUUGUAUCCAGCCCAAACUAUAUUUUACAAAUUGGCUAUUUUGAAAUUAUAAAAAGUGAAAAAAAAAUUUAUAUUUUUUUAGUAAUUUAGGGAUGAUAAUAAAAAAUUUAAUUUUUCUCUACAUUUGUGUCCCUUGACUCAAAACCUAAUUGAAAAAAAAAAUGAACAUUGACAGAGUUAUUAGCAUUUUGUUGAUACUGUAGUAGGACAUUCUGUAGAUAAACUUUUAACAAUUAAUGUAACAAAUUAUACCUGAUAGCUUCUAUUAUGUGCAGUCAUAAUAAAAAAGUAGAAAAACUUGUAUAUUUUAAAACCAAAUAGUUUUAUAUGUUACUCUAUUAUGCGUUCCAACCAUGAAUAUAAUUUUAUAAACCUAAUAUUAGGUUUAUAAAUGUUUUUGCUCAAUUAUAACCAUUUAUAUAAUCAUAUUUGGCAUUUAAACUUUUCUUAAGUAUACAAUAAACAUAUUACAUUUAUUAUUAAUUUUAAUCAUGACACUUUUGCCAUAUCACUGAAAACCAUCACUUUGGAAUAAAAUCAGGUAAUAGGUAAUACUGGAAAAUUGAUUUUAUUCAUAGAAACUAGUGUUAACAUUAUUUAUUUUAUACUUAAGAAAAUUAACAAAGGUUGUCACUUCACAUAAGAUAAAUUUUAUAUUUAUUGAUUUCAAUAGGUGUUGUUACAAAUACUAGUUCUAACGAGACAGCAUCUUAUGAAUCCAGUUUAGAUUUAAAUAAUUUAAAAGAGCGAAAGAAACAAUGUUCUAGAAAAAAGAUAUUAGAUUUAGAUCAAAUAAAUAUGAAAUUCAAAUGUGGAUGGACAGAGUGUGAUUUUGAAUCGUCAUCUAUAAAAGUCUAUUUGAAACAUGUUAGCCACCAUGUUAACAAUCUAUGGACUGAAGAAUGGCAAAGCAAUAAAGAUAGUAUGUUACACUCAAUUUUGUUGAAAAACAAUUUCAAAAUAUAUAUUUGUUAAUUCCUUAGGGUGGUUUUCAUGUUUGUGGAAUAAUUGUACGUUUCAAUCAAACUGUGAGGUAAAAUCUACAACACAUGUGAAUUUUCAUGCAUAUCACACACGACUCAAAUGCAUUGGUUUGGCUGUUUUAUUUCACUGGGAAAUACCUGUGCGUAAUUAUAUAAAUGUGUUGCUAUUAGUGGUGGGAAAAAUUCGGAUUCGCUUAAGUUCAAUUAUCAGUAUUUUCAGAUUGAAAUCUGAAAUUAAAACAAAAAAAAAUAUAAAAUCUGAGUUUUAGACUUUGAAACUUUGAUUUUGUAUUCAUUUAGACAUUUUUUAUUUGAUUCAAAACUAAUCUUAACUAUAAAUUAAUUAUAGGUAAUCAAAAAAAUAUAUAAUGGAUUUUUUUAAAAAAAAAAAAAUUGAAAUUAGAAACCUAGAAUUAUAAUUUUUGGAAUUUAAGAUCUGAAAUCCGAAUUUAUACCAUAUCACUAGUUACUAUACAAAUAAUAUAUUAAUAUAAUUACUAUAAUCAUAUUGUUUAGGAAUGUAAGUUAAAUGGAGACGGAUUUGAUAUCUUACCAGACUUACCUGAUGAAUUCAAAUGUGAUUGGGAAAAUUGCAACUUGACUUUUGAAUGCAUGCAGUAUUAUGUAUAUCAUGUGGCUCAACAUUUAAACAAUUAUUCAAAAUUCAAAAAUAAUAACUUUAUUUGCCCAUGGACAGGUUUGUAAAUUAAAGUACAAAGUAAAAGUAUUCACCAAGUAUUUUGGUUUUACUUCAAGCCUUCAGCGUACCUUUGAAGAUUGUGUUAAACAAGACCUUUUUUAAGCACAAAGAUUAGGGGACUGGAUUUUUAUAGGCCCCACUUUAACACCAGUGGAUGAUAAAUUGUGAUUAAUUAUUAUCAAAUUAUUUAACAGUAAUUGUGUGCAUUAGUGCAUAUUUUUCUUUUUGAUGUUAUAUUUUUUGUUAUAGGUCAAUUAUUUUAAAUUACUAAAAUAGAUACUUAUACAAUUUAUUCAAUUUCAUAUAUCUGUUUUUAUAGAUUCUCUAUAAUAUUUUUUGUUGUGAUAUAGCUGAUUUUUAUAGGCUUAUAGGGAAUCUAUAAAAACAAUUGGUCUAAGGAAAAGCGACAUAAGCCAUUAAUACCAAUACUACUGCUCUUUGACGCUUUUUUGAAACAGUUCUGAUACUUUUUGAUUAUCAUAUACCAAAUAAUAAUUAUGUAUUAUAUAUGUGUUAAAAAAUUACAAUGCCAAAUUCUGGAUACUAUUUCAUGAAAAAAACGGUAUUUUGUGAAAUACUUUAUUUUUUUUACAAAUUGUGAAAGUCUUCCAUUUUGUAAAAUGGAUAACUUUUCUAAAAAUAUAAAUUUCACGAAGUAGCAAAAACAAUAAAUAUUAUGUAUACAUUUUUUUGUUUUUGGGUAGAUUGUACUGAUCAGUUUACCAAACGUUAUCGAUUAGUAGAGCAUUUAAGAAGUCACACACAAGAAAAAACAUGUGCUUGUCCCAACUGUGGUACUAUGUUUGCAACUUACACCAAACUGAAAGAUCAUUGUAGACAAUCAAAUAAAGGUAAACUUAGACUAAUUUUUUUUUAAAGAAAAGAUUCUAGAUAUAUAUUUUCAGAAAAAAACAGUAAUCAGUGUUCGCUGUGUAAAAAAACAUUUUCAUGUGAACGACUACUGAAGCAACAUGUUCGCCUUCAUAUAAAUUAUUUUAAAUGCAAUCAAUGUGAUGCAUCCUUUUCCAGAGCUUCUCACUUAGUAACUCAUAUACGUUAUCGUCACUUAGAUAUAAAACCGUUUCAAUGUGAAUUAUGUGAUUCUAAGUAAGUAUAACACUACUAUAAUUUUAUAUUUUAUUAAACAUUAAUCAUUUUCAGAUUUGUACGUAAAUUAGAGCUUACCAAUCACUUAAAAAAACAUGCACCAGGUCCAUUGUUUAAAUGUGCAAAGGACGGCUGUGAAUUUUCUUGUCGUAGCAAAUAUAAUAUAGAGAAACACAUAGGAAUGGUUCAUCAUCAUAAUCCAGAUGAAUUGUAUAAAUAUUAUUGUCAUCUUUGUGGUGAUCUAUUCCUUAGAGGUGCAUUUCUUACCAAACAUUUAAGAACUAAACACAACAUCCAUAAACCAGCUAGCUUAAAACGUUUCAGGUUCUUAUCUCAGUUUUCUUAAUACUAUUAUUGAGAUUUUUUAAUCUGUUUAUUUUUGUAAGUAGAUAUAUUGAAGAUGAUGAUGGGUACUAUAAACUUCAAAUGUCAAGAUAUGAAUGUUUAGAUAUUCAAGAACAAAAGAAAAUUAAAUUAAUCAAUCCCAAACGUGUUUUGGUCACAAAACAAAAUAUUGAUUCUAAUGUUAGUAUUAUUUUACAUUUAUUGCUAUGUUAUAAACAUAUUUUAUCAAUAAAAAUGUUUUGAUUUUAGGAUAAGCAAACAUUAGAGUUUAUGGUUGAUAUUUUAAAUGAAGUUAGUGACGAUGAAGAUGAUAAUUUUGAUGGACAAAUUGAAGAGAAUAUAUGAGUGGGUUUUCUUUAUUAGUCUGUAUUGUAAUAUUAAAUGCAUUAUUAGUAGGAUGCUUGCUCAUAUGUACUGUCUCUGUUUUAAUCCUUGAUCUAUUAUGAAAUAUAAAAUUGUUUAAAUUUAUUUGUGCAACAUUGGUGCUAUUUUUUUGAUAUUUUAAUUUUAAAAUGAGAUAAAACCAGUAUAAAAUUGUAAUGUUUAACAUACUCAUAUCCUCAUUAAAAAUUAAAAUAUCAUUACAAAAAAAUUGUACCAAUGAUACACAGUUACUGUUAUUUUUAAAUUUCAGAAUAGUUCAUUCUUUCUAAAUAUUAAAACUAAUGCCACAAAAUUUCUAUGUAAAUUUGCUAUGUCGUACUUUUGUAAGACAGAGACAGAUGUGGUAUAGUGUUCUCUUAAAUAAUAAAGUUUAUAGAUCUAAAAUUUAAUUAAUAAUUUGUAUUCAUUAUAAUUUGACAUGAAAUAUUAACAAAAGUAUAUUGUUUUAUUUUUAUCUAUUUUAAUUUAAAAUAAAAUUCAAUAUUCCCUUAUAACAUAUAAAAUGUUGACUUGAGUUAUUGUGACUUGAAAAUUUACAAGGGGGUGUAGAAUAAAAAGGUUGGGAACCACUGAUUUAGACAGUCAUAUCUGUUUUAAAUUUGUGAGGGAAAUAUAUCCCUUUCCAUUUCCUUUUAAUAAUUAUAAUAACACAUUAUAUAAUAUAUUUAUAUAAAAAAAAAGGAGAAAUAAUUGUUCAAAAAAAUCAACCCCGAUCUGCUAUAUAUUGCUGUACCUGCUGUACAAAAUAAUUUGACCAGCACUGCAGACUUCAUAAAUAAAGUGGAUAUAAAAAUGAAAGGUACUGAUCAGUGAUUAUUUAUAUUAUGACAAAAUCCAUAGAAU